CGGUACGAGCCAAAUACCGUACCAUACCGUACCAUGCUCACCCCUACCCAAAACCCAAAAGAAGUGCCUUUUAUGGCAAAACCCCGCCAGUAUUUGGGGCGAGAGUGGAAAGUUUUCAAAUUUCUCCCUGGCACAGAUUACAGUAGCGGGUCGUCCUUUUCACAGUGCGCCAACUCCGACGCAUGCGAUAUUCUCAGCCAUUUCCGGUGCUUGCAUGCCGCAGCAAUUCGCUCAAGAACCGACUUCAGCUCAUCCGGAAUCGGCAGCUGCUCUGACAUCUUUUUCGAAGGCGAUGAUGGAAGAUAUGUGCUCUGCGGAGGAAGUGGUCCAGCCUUACUCGACCAUUUCGUGGAGCCUUUCUUACCCAGCUUCCGUACUGGACAAGCUCCUACUCCUUCCCAGCAUCAGGCCGUUGCCAGACAGAUGCAUGCUGUGGUGUUGCUCUACAACUAUUUUCAUAGGAAGCAAUCUCGUGAACAUGCAUUCCUUGACUUCAUGUCGUUUUGUAAGCUGGCGAUUGUAUUGAAACCAAGCUUGAUGGCUUACAUGAAACUUAUGGAUCAAGUGGAUUGUUCUAUGAUGGAUGGUUUCGAGAGUAAACUUUCACAAACAGAAGAGGCUAUUUUCAAUGCAUGCAACAUAUCUCUAGCUCUGGAUGCAUCAAAAAAUGUCCCAGUUACAGGUGAUUGGCCAGUGUCUAAAGUUGCUGUCUUCUUAGUGAACUCAGGGAAGGAAAAGUGCAUGCUAUUGGAUACCAAUGGGGAAAACAGACAGGAGCUGCAGAAGUAUUAUUGAAUGACACUGAAAAUAAUAAUGCUGACGCUAGGAUUUUGGAUUGGGCUUUUUUUGCUGUUGAAAGUGUGGCAGCCAUCAACAGAAGUGAUCUAGUGGUUCUA